AUGAUGCUUUCUAAAAACUUAACUCAAUCACUUCUCAGAUACACCUCUAAUGGUGCUAUAACUAAAAAUGCAUCAUCACGUGGAUUUCAUACUAGUAAAGUAUUAUUAGCAGGAGGACCAUCAACACCAAUAAACUAUCCAUCAUUAGAGAUUCCAAAUGCAGGAGAGACACAAAAAAUGAAUCUUUUCCAAGCCAUCAACAAUGCAAUGGAUAUUUCGCUUCGAACCGAUGAAAAGGCAUGUGUCUUUGGUGAAGACGUUGGAUUUGGUGGUGUUUUCCGUUGUUCUGUUGACUUGCGCAACAAAUAUGGUGCCAAGAGAGUAUUCAAUACUCCUCUCUGCGAACAAGGUAUUGCCGGUUUUGCAAUUGGUCUUGCUGCUCAAGGUGCUACUGCUAUUGCUGAAAUUCAAUUUGCUGAUUAUAUAUUUCCUGCAUUUGAUCAAAUUGUAAAUGAAGCAGCAAAGUAUAGAUAUAGAUCAGGUGGACAAUUUGAUUGUGGUAGUUUGACAUUCAGAUCACCAUAUGGUGCUGUUGGACAUGGUGGACAUUAUCAUUCACAAUCACCAGAGAGUUAUUUUGCCCAAACACCAGGUCUCAAAGUGGUUAUGCCAGCCACACCAAUUGAAGCCAAGGGAUUGUUAUUGGCAUCGAUUCGUGACAAGAACCCAGUAGUCUUUUUUGAACCAAAACUUCUCUAUCGUUCAGCUGUUGAAGAUGUACCAAUUGGCGACUAUGAAAUUGAACUUGGUCGUGCUCGUAUUGUACAAGAAGGAAGUGACUUGACAUUGGUUGGUUGGGGUGCACAGAUGAAGGUUUUGAUGCAAGCAGCUCAAAUGGCCAAAGAAAAGUUGGGACUUUCUAUCGAAUUGAUCGAUUUACGUACCAUCCUUCCAUGGGACGUUGAAUGUGUAGAAAAGUCUGUCAAAAAGACUGGUCGUCUUAUUAUUAGUCACGAAGCACCAAAGACUGGUGGAUGGGCAGCAGAAAUAUCAUCAGCCAUUCAAGAAAGAUGCUUCCUUCAUCUCGAAUCACCAAUUCAACGUGUUUGUGGUUACGAUACUCCAUUCCCUCUUAUCUUUGAAAAGUUCUAUCUUCCAGAUCACUUAAAGAAUUUCGAGGCUAUUAAAAAAUCAAUUAAUUAUUAA